AGCAACGUGUUACAAAACCUAAACACAACACGGUCAUGUAACUGGUUGCAUAAGAGGAAAUACGGGAGCAGCGUAUGUGUGACAUAACGACAGUCAUUCUUUCUGUCGUUUGUUUCGUUUAACGUCAGAUUUCUUCAUCCAGUUGUGCUGUGGCAGAUUUACCUCAGGCCCCAUCCACUGCAUGCUUCUCUGCAUUUGGAGGAUCUCAUCGUUUUCCUCUGCACCAAAGCGACUCUUGAAGCUUGGUAUCCACAGCAAUCAGAGGCCCAUCCCAACUCUUUCCCUUUUGAUCAAGUCAUUCACCAGUGAAACCAUCAUGUCAGACAAGAAGCGCAAGGCAGCAUCUGCUCCUGCUGGUAAAGAGCCCAGCCCCAAGCAGCAGAAGUUGGCUCCCGUUAAGGAGGAGAAGAAGGCGAGAGCUGCGGGCUGGCUGCAAGACCUUGUGAAGCAGCAGAGGCCAGAGAAGAAGGAGAUGAAGUUAAACAAAAAGCGCCUGCGUUUUGUAUCGGACACUGAAAAGAUAAAGCAGGGCUCAGAAGGUGUCCUGUACUGGAUGUCAAGGGACCAGAGAGUACAAGAUAACUGGGCACUGAUCCAAGCGCAGCGGCUUGCCAUGAAGGAGAACCUUCCUCUGCACAUCUGUGUGUGCCUGUUUGUCCAAAAAUCAGAACUGUCCACACAGAGACAUUACAGCUUUAUGCUGAAAGGUCUAGAAGAAGUUGCAAAGGAAUGUAAAACCUUAAACAUCCAGUUCCACUUGCUCCAUGGUACAGCGGGGGAAGUUCUCCCUGGCUUUGUAUCUGACCGCAGCCUGGGGGCAGUAGUGACUGACUUUACCCCUCUCAGAGAGCCACUACAGUGGCUGGAGGACGUCAAAAAAAAGCUUUCAAAGGACAUUCCCCUCAUACAGGUUGAUGCCCACAAUAUUGUUCCCUGCUGGGUGGCAUCACCUAAACUUGAGUACUCGGCCAGGACGAUCAGGGGAAAAAUCACCAAUCUUUUACCAGAGUUCCUCACUGACUUUCCUCUGGUAGAGAAACAUCCCUACACAGCUACAAGAACCGCCAAACCGAUAGACUGGGACAAAACCCUGGCGUCCCUGCAGGUUGAUAAAGCAGUAGGAGAGACGGAGUGGGCUAAACCAGGCACCAAAGCAGGGAUGGCCAUGUUGGAGUCCUUCAUUGAUGUACGCCUUAAACUGUUCGGCACCCAACGCAACGACCCAAAUGCUGCUGCCCUCAGCCAGCUCUCCCCCUGGAUUCGCUUCGGCCACCUGUCAGCCCAGCGUGUGGCGCUGCAAGUUCAGCGCAGUGGGAAGAACGCAGGUCAGUCCGUCUCCUCCUUCAUCGAGGAGCUGGUGGUGCGCCGGGAGCUGACUGACAACUUCUGCUUCUACAACAAGAAAUAUGACAGCGUGGAGGGUGCAUAUGAGUGGGCUCAGAAGACCUUGAAAGAUCAUGCCAAAGAUAAGAGGCCGUAUCUCUACACACGUGAGCAGCUGGAGAAAGCCAAGACACACGACAAACUGUGGAACGCGGCUCAGUACCAGAUGGUCACUGAGGGGAAGAUGCAUGGUUUCUUGAGGAUGUACUGGGCCAAAAAGAUUCUGGAGUGGACUUCUUCACCAGAGGAGGCGCUCUCCAUCGCCCUAUACCUCAACGACCGCUAUGAGCUGGACGGACAGGACCCUAAUGGCUUUGUCGGUUGUAUGUGGUCUAUUUGUGGCAUCCAUGACCAGGGCUGGGCGGAGAGACCUGUUUUCGGAAAGAUCCGCUACAUGAACUACAAAGGCUGCACUCGGAAGUUUGACGUAGCCCGGUUUGAGCGAAAGUACUGUCCCAAGAACCUCUGAAACAAAAUAUUUUGACGGAUGGGAAUAAAAUGCCUGACAGCUUACACCUCCUACACCUUUACCAUAGGGAGCGUUUGUAUGGCUUCCCCAGCAGUGGAUUUUCUUCUUUUUCUUUGUUUUUAGCCACUUUGUUUUGUCCAAAACAUUCAGUGUAUUAUUGCUUGAUCUGUUUUUUUUUUGUUGUUGAUUGUUCAGACAUGUUGUUCACACAUGUUGUUAACACUUGUGUGCUACUUUUAUAUCACUUUUUUUUUACUUUGGGCUUGUAUUGUAAAUUUUAUUUGACUAAGAAGAUGCCUUGUUUGGGGUCACAGUGUUUUAACAGCUGAUCCCACUUGCUCAGUGCAUUUUACUCCUUUUUCGAAAAAGUCUUCUUUUCAUACCAAACUUUAAAAAAAAUUUAAAAAAGUCGUAAACCAUUUUCUGUCAUGGUGUAUUUAUUCACAGUUCAACCACUCUAAUUUGUUUGUAAGAGCUGAAAUACAGUUUACGUUGCCUUUAACGGACUUAGAUACUUUUUCACUAAAAAACAUAGACCCACCCACGAUCACUUAGGGUUGAUCAUUCUGAAAUUUAACUCAG